CUAAACACAACCAUUCACACAUUCAUGAUUAAAGAGAACAGGCAGGUGAUUGACAAGAGAUACUGCCUGAGGGAUGAGUGUGGGCCAGAGCGAUAUGUUUUCAGAGUUCCCAUCAGCCCGUUUGUUCCUGUUAACAUGAGGAUCACUCUGCUUAUGAAUUCUACUGAGUUGUUGGUGGUUCAUCUAUGUGCUGUAGAUGAGUCCACCACCUGUUCUGCUCUGCUGAGCACAGACAUGGCCAGUGAAAGCAGGUACCCGUCAAAUACACAG